CAACUUCAUAGAGCGAGACAAUCCGGAACAACAACACUGAGGAAUCUGACGGCGUGGAAUCUAAACCACCAGCUAUUCAACGCUUGCACGACAUAAACGAACUGUUUUGACAUCGUAUGAACAAGAGGACAUUAGUAUCUGCGGCUGGUGAACCAGUAUACACAUAAUAAUGCAAACUGGUUAAGAUGUCAUCAUGGGCGGCACUGCUGGGACGAGGUGUGGAGUGCCUGCUGUCUUGCUUUGUCUGGCAGCUCUCCUCUGUGCCAAUCUGCUGCUGUAUUUCUAUCUAGAUGCCCUGUAUCAGGACACAAAUCCCCUCUCAGCGCACACGCAGUGCCCGCUUCGCCACUUUAAAGUGGGCACCAUGACCACCUGUACACCUUGGCUUCAGUGUCCCGAAAUUCGAGCUGAAGUCCGCCGUGUGAAGCUCAUUGGACAAGGAGCUGUGAAGAAAGUUUAUCUAUCGGAGUGGCGGGGUCAGAAGGUGGCACUCUCUGCCUUGUCAUCAGAGCAGUAUAAAGAUGAUUUCCUCCACGGACUGUCUAUGCUACGUGCCUUGCAGAGCGCCCAUGUUGUGACGCUUGUAGGAGCGUGUGAAGAAGAUGGUGUGUUUGUUACAGAGUAUCACCCUCUGGGUUCAGCACUGACGCUCGAUGCCACUCUUGCGCAAGACCGAUAUCGCUGGCGCAACUCUUGGCAUACUCGACUACAACUGGCAAUAGACUACGUCGCCUUCUUGGCGUACUUGCACAGCAGUCCGGUAGGCAUCCGAGUCAUGUGUGACUCCAACGACCUGCACAAAACUCUCAGCCAGUUUCUGCUCGCAUCCGACAUGCGUCUGUUGGCCAACGACUUGGAUGCGCUGCCUGAGGUGGAGAGGGGGCGUCAAGGGGUGAAGUGCGGUCAUCAUGAGCUCAACGGGGACUUCGUUGCUCCGGAGCAGUUGUGGCCUUACGGCGAGAAUGUGCAGUUCUCUGACGAAGCCAUGCCUGGUUACGAUGAAAAGACGGACAUCUGGAAGAUUCCAGAUGUGACACGUUUCCUGUUGGGGGAUGUCCUGGGAAGUGACGUCAUACAUUUCCACUUGUUUCAGAUCUACACAGAAUGCAAGAGGAAGGAGCCUCACAUGCGGCCCACGGCGCUUGAGGUCCUCACUGUGUAUCGCUCUGUCUACGACAGCAUGAUUGAGAACCAGUCACAGAGAGUUAGAGAUAUGUUGUAGAGCGUAAUGAUCAUUAAAGGGGUAGUUCAACCAAAAACCUGUAUGAUUGACUUCCUUCUGUGGAACACAAAAUAAGAUACUUUGAGAAAUGUUCCUUAUAAUGGGUCACCAAAACAGUUUGGUCACAAACAUUCUUCAGAAUAUCUUGUCUUGUGUUUCACAGAAGAAGCGUGUCAUAUAGGUUUGAAAUACAUGAGGAUACAAUUUUCAUUUUUAGGUUUAAAUCACACCAUUGCAAUGCAAUGGGUUUUUGUCAAACUACAUUAAAGGGUUACUCCACCCCAAAAUGAAAAUUAUGUCAUUGAUCACUUACCCCGAUGUCGUUCCAAACUCAUCAAACCUUUGUUCGUCUUUGGAACACAAUUUAACAUAUUUUGGAGGAGGAGGAGGCGAAUUGUUAAAUAUUUUUUUUUUAUUUGUGUGUUCUCAUUGCUUCAUAAAAUUCAUAUUGAACCACUGAUGGCCGUUGGACUAUUUUUAACGAUGUCUUUCAUACUUUUCUGGGUCUUGACAGUGGUAUUUACCUGGCAGUCAGUAGGACAGUCACUAAACCUCCCGGUUUUCAUCCAAAAUAUCUUAAAUUGUGUUCUGAAGACGAACAAAGGUUUUACGGGUUUGGAACGAUAUGUGGGUAAAUGAUUAAUGACAACAUUUUCAUUCUGGGGUGGAGUAACCCUUUAAAGAAUAUGCAGCGAAUGUAUGACAGCAACAUCCAGCAGAGGAUGAGAUGCAGCAUCUCAGGGUUUCAGAUCUGAAUCCAGCUCCAAAUUUUUACUUAUGCUAAGACAUUUCGCAUAACUAUAACGUUAACUUACCUCAUAAAAGUUCUUUUCAGUUAAGUGAAUAGAACUUACCUUACUGAUGCAGUGGUGUGUGUGGAGUAAGUGUGGAUCUUACUUUAAUACAAUAUUGUCAUUAUAAACACAGAACUUGCUUUGUUUUGUUCUGUCUCAGUAUUUGGAAUCCUUUAAUAAAUCAUUUUCUCAAG